UAUAGUUCUACUUCUAACCGCCUGUCAAUGUCAAAAACUGGAAAAAUAAUAGGUUAUUUUCGUAUUGUAGAAUUAAAGCCUCAUAAUAAAUAUAAAAUUUCUUAGAAAUGGGCAGAAAAAUUCCAGCAAAAAAACACAGAGGCGUUAAAGAUCCGCUUAUUCAACAAGCUAAACGAAUACAAGAAUUAAAAGGUAAAAUAAAUGCACCCCCAAAGGACCCAGACGAUCAACCCGUGCCAAAAUCUUUGACACAAUUAUUUGCUUUUGAGAAUCAAAUAAAAGAAAAAGGCAGUAACCCAAAGAAAAAGAAAAAGCAAUACUCAAACGUUAGAGAUAACAUCAAGUCCCAGAAUGACAACCCAGUUGCAAAGCUGUUAAAACUGCCUGGGGAGACAGGGAGAAGUUUUACAAUGAGGAUCAACAGCGCCAUAAAGGCCAUUCACUCGCCCACAUUGCAGGACCACUAUCCAUUGGACAUUGAGGCAGAAGACAGCAAGGGUGAGCAGAUGGCACUGCAAAGAGCACGUCGCAAAAGGAAACAAAACAAAUUGAUGGCCAACACCAGCGAGGAGCCUCCUGCUAAACUAAGCCGCGCUCAAAAGCUUGCUCUGAAAAAGAAGGCAAAGAAGGAGAAGGCUUUGGAGCGCGGGGCCGGGGCUGGGGGCGGGGGCGGGGGCGAGGUGCGCCGCGAGCAUGUGGAGUUCGGCGAGGUGGUGCACGCGCCGCCCGCGCUGGCCGUGCGGCCGCGCCGCGCCGCCGCCGGCCGCGACGACCGCAGACCGGGGCGCAAGGAGCUGUUGCUGAGCGCGAUGCUGCGGGCGGGGGCGGGGGCGGGGGCGGAGGCGGAGCGGCGCGAGCGCGCGCGGCUGGAGGCCGUGGCGGCGUACCGCGCGCUGCGGGCCCGCGCCGCGCCCUCCUAG